AUGCCGGAGUAUUAUGACGGAACAACCUUUUCAGGGCCCAUACCCCUGGAAAAAGUCAAGGUGGAAUAUGUGUGCAGCAGUGGAGCUGGCGGGCAGCAUGUGAACAAAACAGCAAGCAAGGCGUGCUUAAGCUUCAACGUGCUGGAGGCAACCUGGCUACCGAAAUGGAUCAGACAUAGACUACUUGUUAAAGCCAAAACGCAUGUGAACAAGCAAGGCAUUCUCCUAGUCACUUGUGACUCUGAGCGAACGCAGUCUUUCAAUCUGAGAGAGGCGCGUUCCAAAAUUGAAUCUCUUAUCAAGGAGGCCAGCCGUCUGCCGAAUGAGCGCACCGUAGAAGAUGAGAAGGCCAUUGUGCGAUCCAUGCACCGGCAGAACAUGAACCGCUUGAGAAACAAAAAGCAUGCAUCAGCACUGAAGCGAAGUCGAACAGACUUUGAUUGA